AUGGAACCGAUUCGUUUCUUUGGAGUGGAUGAGAAGAUUGAGAUCAACCCGACCAGAAAUGUCGAAGCGCCUUUAGAAGAACUUCAAUCAACUUCAAGAGAAGUUCAACAAUCAAAUGAUGCAAACACAGUUGUUAGUAAAUCGAACAGGAAUGAUCUUUUUAUGGUGGGCUCAACAGCAGUGAAAAUGGCGGAAAAAUACCCGGCGGGAAUGCAUGCACAAUGCCCUUACAACCAAGAGCACACCGUUUUGCCCGCACAAGUGUAUCAUCAUCUUGCUCGAUGCCGCGCUGACUACAUGAAAAACAAUCCUGGGUUUAUGAUGAUCAGAUGUCGCUAUAAUGGACGUCAUUAUGUACCGGAUAAGGAAAUCGACUUUCACGAGCACACUUGCGAUGCCACACUUUAUAAGAGGACCAUGACGGAGUCAAAAGUUGAGCCAAGACGUUGGAUCAUUCCCACGCGAAAAGACGACAAACAAGAGUGCUUGGAUAUGGAUGACGAGUUGGCUCGUUUUCAAGCGAGGGAGUAUGUGAUGCGAAUGGGCGCAAGGAGAACGGCAGCCGAAGAUGAAAGCGAUGACAGUGAGGAUGAAACGAUUUGUGAUUACGCGCCACCGGAUGUUAUAACGGCCAUCGAAGAAAAGGACGCACAUUCGGAUGAUUCGGAUGAAAAUUACACAGAC